GCUCCAAGCCGAGACUCUUUAUAGUCAGUCGUACUCGUGAUUCAACGACGAGCGCGGGCAAAGAAGUGAAUACAAACGCGGCCUGCUGCGAUAACUGCGAGGCCCAUAGUGAAUAAGGGUAACGGGGGUGCACCUGAGUUAAUUUGUCAUACUUUUUUUUUUAAUUGGUCGACAGAGAUGGGAUUUAUAAAGAUCUUUCUAAUCUCCUUCAUCUUCGCGGAGAGAUUAAAUGAAGGUCUUACAGAUGAAGCACCGAAAAUUCUAGAACCCACCUAUGCCAGAACGUCAAUCCGCAUAGCAAAAAGUCUUAAUCCUGAAGAUACCCAAACCCUCAACGUCCUCACAAGGGACGGAAAUGUUGCACAGCUCAUAGUGAAACGUAGAGAACCAAAAUCUUCACCAAAUCCACUGUUAUUCUCCAGCAGCAACAGAAAUUUCGAAAGAGAAAAUAAGAAUGAAAGAUUCGACGAUAAAGCCAGGGAAAAUACAUUGAAAGAGCUAUUAGAAAAGGAUAGCAAACACAUUCGGAGCAAUAGUUUCGUUAGAGAUAGCAGACCUUAUGAUGCCAGAUCGUAUGCCACCAACUGGAUACCUGUCCAGUCAGUGUACGUUAAACCCAACAUAAUUCGGCUAGAAACAUAUUCUGGUUCAAAGAAUAACAGUGAAUUGGGAAACGUAAUAGACACAGAUAAAGUUGGAUCAGUGCCCAAGCCUGUAACCAUCCAGUCGUCUAAUGUCUUCGUAAAAAACGAAUUCAAAAAAGGUCGAUCCAUUGCUGAAGUAGGAUCAGAUGGAAUCCCAGUAAUCCAUGGGGUACGCGUUCCUGACGAUGAUACUGACAAGAAGACUUGGAGAAAUGCCCGAGUCAUAAACGGCGAACUGUUCCCUUACGAAGAUGGUUAUAAACCACCGGCAGCUAUUCCCCUGGGGGAACUCGUAUACGCAAGCCAAAUAAAGAAAAAUACUAAUUCCAAACUGAGCGGUCCUUAUACUGCAGCGGAUAAUCUGAGAGCAUCAAAGAAAGAACUAAAAGAUGACUCAAUUGGGCCUUUUUCAGUUGAAGACAAUAAAUAUAUCGAAAACUUUCCGUUGAAUAAGAAAGGAUUUGUCAAGUUUGAAAGCAGUGAAGGACUGGGACCGUUCACUAAAACCGACAAUGCUGGUACUGCAAACUCGAAAUUAAUAGAGUAUAUCAAAGAAAUAAAUGCCGAAGAAGCUAGAAGAAAAUAUCUGACUGGUAGACGACAGUCGGUAGCGAGCAAUUCAGAUAACGGUCAUAUCAUUCAGAGAAGAAUGCUCCAAAAUCCGGGAAGUUCAUCGUUUCCAAAUUCUCCAAUUUACACUCCUCCCGGAGCUACGAAACUCAGUCCUGUAAAUUUUAACGAGGGCGUGAGAACGCCAAUUCUUCAGUAUGCCCAUCCAGAUUUAGGUGUUCAACCUGCCAGAGCAAGUUCGGAAUUAGAAGACGAAGAACUGGAUUUAGGGAGCAAUGUUAAUGAUAACGAAAUCGAACAAAAUUCUUACAGAAGUGACAAACUAACCAAUGAAAUUUAUGGAAACAGUAGAGGAGGAGGUUCAUCUUACUACCCUUCGUCAUCGUAUUCCACGAAAAACGACAGAUUUGCUUAUGAAAAUCCGUAUGGUUCUGUCAAAAAAGAGCAACCAUUCUGGAUGAAAUUGACAGAAGCCAUUAAGGACAACGUGGAAAGCAGUUUCCAAAAAAUGCAACAAAUUACUAAACCUGUCAUUGAACCUAUCGUUCAAGUAACUCAUAAACUAACAUCCAACUUGGGAAUAUCCCAAACCCAACCAACAGCCCAAAAGAAAGCGGGGAUUGUAGGACCUGUGGGCUCUUCAGUGAUUCUUCCUGCUUUAGGUUUGGUAGCUGGAGGAGCCGCUUUAGGUCUUGGAGCAGCCGCUAUGGGUAGAUACAUAACUCCUUUGGAAGAGAUGCGUGCUCUACAACAGGUGAGAGGAGUUCCAUAUCCUGGAGAUGUCAUCCUUAUCAUGGAGGAACCUGGUUCUGUCAAAAAUGAUGCUGUUGGUGAAAAGAUGGCGAGAAGAAGGAGAAGUCUAAACGGUUAUGACGAUGAAGAACUCUUACAAGAUGUCAGUUCCGAAAUAUCGAAAGAAAGUGAUAUGGAAUAUUUAUCUGGAAGUCAUCUAUGGGCUGAUACAAUGUGCUCAAAGCGACUUUUUUGUGAGGUUAUGUUGGAAAAACAUCCCGAUGAAGUCAUCAGCAUGGAAAAGCGAAUGGGGGUCCUUAUUUCCAAAGCUCAUCCUGAAUUAGUAAAGAGCGUCUCUAGUCACCUACAAGACGUAAUGGAUGCCAUCAAAGAAAGAAAUUGUUUGAAGUUCUACUGCAAUCGUCAACUACCUGUUAAAAAAUAUUAAUGUGCGAAACAGAACAGUAGAUUGGUGUUAGUUUAUAUUGUUAUAGAAUAUUGCCAAAGGAUUCUUUUAUCAUAGCAAGAUGCUAAUUUAAAACCAUAAGCGACACUUUUUGUUAACAGUUACAAUUUAUUCAUAAACAUCUACCAGUU